AUUUUUCACAUGAAAAUUCGAAAGAAAACAGAGUCCAACAUCAAAGUUUCUCUCUCUGCUCGUAUAUGUGAUUUAUAAAAAAAGUUGUAUCUUUUUCUCGAGAAAAGCCUUGGAUCAACCGAAAGGAAAAUAAAUCCUGAUGGGUUUUAUAGACCACGUGAAAUCAAUUGAAUGGGAGAAUGAAUCAUACCCUGCUUAUGAAGAUUACAUUGUUCUUCCUCUCUUUGCUCUGUUCUUCCCCUCUGUUCGCUUCUUUCUCGAUAGAUUUGUAUUCGAGAAAGUGGCAAAACGAUUAAUUUUUGGAAAGGGUUAUCGGACACUGGAUGUUGAGACAGAUGAGAGAAAGAAGAAGAUAAGAAAAUUCAAGGAAUCUGCUUGGAAAUGCGUUUAUUUUCUUUCAGGAGAGAUUCUAGCUUUGACUGUUACUUAUAAUGAGCCUUGGUUUACUAACACAAAGUACUUUUGGGUAGGGCCAGGAAAUCAAGUCUGGCCAGACCAAAAAAUGAAGUUAAAACUGAAAGGAGUAUAUAUGUAUGCUGCUGGAUUUUACACAUACUCCAUUUUUGCUCUGAUAUUCUGGGAAACAAGGCGCUCAGACUUUGGGGUGUCCAUGAGUCAUCAUGUAGCAACUGUCAUUCUUAUUGUGCUCUCCUACAUUUUCAGAUUUGCUCGUGUUGGUUCAGUCGUCUUGGCUCUUCAUGAUGCUAGUGAUAUAUUUUUAGAAAUUGGAAAGAUGUCCAAGUACAGUGGUGCUGAAGGGUUGGCUAGCUUUGCAUUUAUUCUUUUUGUUUUGUCUUGGAUCUUACUGCGCCUCAUUUACUAUCCAUUCUGGGUCCUUUGGAGUACAAGCUAUGAAGUUGUCCAGACAUUGGACAAGCAAAGGCAUCGAGUGGAAGGUCCAAUCUAUUAUUAUGUGUUCAAUACUCUUCUAUAUUGCUUGCUCGUUCUCCAUAUCUACUGGUGGGUCCUGAUAUAUCGGAUGCUUGUUAAGCAAAUCCAAGCAAGGGGUCAGAUAAGUGAGGAUGUUCGAUCUGAUUCUGAAGGAGAAGAUGAACAUGAAGAUUGACCGAAAACAGUAAUUACUGCCUUGCUGUAACUCAUACAAAAGUUCAACAACUACACAAUUUUACGCAUUUGUUAUGGUCUACAGUCAAACUUAAACGAUUGUGGUCCAUAAAGUUCCUCUGUAAUUUAAGGGUUUGCAGAAAGACUUGAGAUCAGAAGUUGAUUGGAAAGGAAAGGUCAGACUGUGUGAGUAGUUUGAUUGUUUGUCUGCCACCUUACACUCAAGUUUGACUCGCCAAUCAUCUGUUGUAAGAAAACUUACAUUGAUUUAAAAACUUGUUAUAGCAACCAUUUCUGUAUAAACAUUGAGCCCUCAGCCAAAUUUGAGGGUUCAUCAUUGCAUUUGAUUUUAACUUGUUCAUUAUUAAGUAGUGGAGUUAGAACUAGACUUGUAGUUCAGAUAUUCUUACCUUAUUUUUGUUGAUGUGUUCGUUCUCAGUUGCAGUUAUGCUUUUUUUCUUUCUUCUACUAUUAUUGUGAAAAGCUUGUAAUUGACAUCAUUGAAUAAAACAUAAGAGAAAGCAAAACUAUGUUUUGAGGUUAA